AAAGGUAAAAAUGCAUGGGGAUCUCUUUAAAGCUGCUUUGUGACAAUGUCUAUUUUCUAACAUAUUAAGAAAAUGGUACUUAAAAAAAAUAAAUUAAUUGUUGGAAGUUAAUUCACUUUCCCAGAUAUUCAGGUAAGGUGUCCUCUAAAAAUAUUUUAUAUCCAACUCUUAGUAUCCAUGAACAUUUAUCAUAGUUCUUAUUGGGGCGGAAAUGCCUGAACCCAGUGUGCCUGCUUUUCCGGAAGUCAAGUUGUAAUACUACGAUCAUGCGAUCAGGGGGCGUGGUUCUACUAGAGGAGGCGUGGAUAUUGUGACGGCAGCUUGUCACUCACCGAAAGGGGCGGGGCGCAAGUGCUGCUGCACGUCCAUCUGCUCGUUGUCAUGGAGGAGCAAAGAUGGCGAUACUGGCCUACAGCCUGGGCAAACGCGAAAUAAAUCAACAUUUCAGCAUCAGGAAUGCAAAAUUGCUGUCUCUCGUUGCCGUGGUUCUCCUCACCGUCCUGCACGCUGUCUCUCGGCAUUAUGGAGGCCGGGACACGUGCGAGUGGCUCCUAUCCAGUGGACGGUUCCUAGGAGACAGCGCAUGGCAGCCAUAUGGCUGUAUGCUGCACAAGUACAAAAGCAUCGAAGCGAAAGCAUGCCUCACCAACAAGAGGAUAGCGUUCAUCGGAGACUCUCGAAUUCGUCAGCUCUUCUAUUCUUUCAUCCACAUUGUCAACCCUGAGACAAGGGAGGAGGGGAACAAGCAUGAAAACAUUCCCUUUACAGAUAGAGAAUCUUCCAUGAAUGUGGACUUUUUAUGGCAUGCGGAAGUAAAUAAUUCCAUUAAAGAGCAGUUGACAUCAUGGACAGAGAAGCCCUCUUCCAAGCCAGAUGUCAUCAUCAUUGGUGCUGCAACAUGGUCCAUAAAACUGCACAGUGGCAGCAGCGAGGCACUCGUUCAGUACAAAGCGAACCUCACAUCUAUAGCAGCACCGUUGGAAAAACUAACUGAGCACAGUGAAGUCUUUUGGGUUGUACAAGGUCCAGUCUAUGAAAAGGUUUUGAGCGAGAAUCGUAAGAUGAUCACCAACGAGCAAAUCGACUUGUAUAACGCAGCAGCACUGAGCACUCUGAACAGCGGCAAAAGUAACGCCCAGGCUAGAGUGAAGUUCCUGCAGGCCUCACGGCAAGCUGCUAUAGAGACCAUUACCCAGUCAGAAGAUGGCCUGCACCUUCCUGUGAGCGCAAGGAAUGUGGGUGCCAUGGUUCUGAUGAACUCCCUAUGUAACAAGAUUCUGAAGCCGAUUGAUGGUUCGUGUUGCCAGAGUGUUUCUCCACUGAGCAUGCUCCAGAAACUGGCAGCUGGACUUUUUCUGUUAGCUGCUGUGUGCUUCCUGGUGUUGCAUGUACUUGGCUACACUGGGCACUUGAAGAGCAAACCUGUGUCUGACGUUGAGAGCGGCGAGGAGAAGAAACCCUCUACUCCUGCAGUUCCGCUCAUCCUAAAGAACAUUUUACAGUCCAUUUGCAAGAUGGGCAUCAUCAUGCUUUACUUCUACCUGUGUGACCGUGCAGACAUUUUUAUGAAGGAGCAGAAGUUUUACACACACUCAACCUUCUUCAUCCCCCUCAUUUAUAUAUUCAUGCUGGGGGUUUUCUACAAUGAAAACACUAAAGAGACCAAACUGCUGAACAGAGAACAGACAGAUGAAUGGAAAGGCUGGAUGCAGCUAGUUAUACUUGUCUAUCAUAUCUCCGGAGCCAGUGCUUUCAUACCUGUAUAUAUGCAUGUCCGAGUUCUGGUGGCAGCUUAUCUCUUCCAGACAGGGUAUGGCCACUUCUCCUUCUUCUGGUUAAAGGGUGACUUUGGACUCUACAGAGUGUGCCAGGUUCUCUUCAGACUCAAUUUCCUGGUCAUAGUGCUCUGCCUUGUGAUGGACAGAUCGUACCAGUUCUAUUACUUUGUGCCUCUGGUUACCUUUUGGUUUGCGAUCAUCUAUGCCACAAUGGCCAUUUGGCCACAGGUUCUGCAGAUAAAAGCCAAUGGCAGCAGUUUCUGGCACCUUGUACUUUUAUUGAAACUGUUGGGAUUGCUUCUUUUCCUUUGCUUCUUUGCAUACUCGCAGCGGUUCUUUGAGAGUGUUUUCUCCAUCUGGCCUGUUUCGAAGCUUUUUGAACUCCAAGGAAGUGUCCACGAGUGGUGGUUCAGGUGGAAACUGGAUAGAUUUGCCGUCAUCAAUGGCAUGUUGUUCGCCUUUAUUUACCUGGUAUUGCAGAAGUGUCAGGUUCUGUCAGAGGCGAAAGGCGAGCCACUGUUCUCCACCAAAAUUUCCAACUGCUUGCUCUUUGUAUCGGUGGUUUCCUUCAUAACUUAUUCUCUAUGGGCAAGUAGCUGUAAAGAUAAGACUAAAUGCAAUGAGAUGCAUCCCUUCAUAUCUGUGGUGCAGAUUCUGGCAUUUGUUCUCAUCAGGAACAUCCCUGGCUAUGCUCGUUCUUUGUACAGCUCGUUUUUCGCAUGGUUUGGAAAAAUCUCAUUAGAGCUCUUCAUCUGUCAGUACCACAUCUGGCUGGCGGCCGACACGAAAGGCAUCCUGGUCCUUAUUCCCGGAAACCCUUCCCUUAACAUCAUCAUCAGCACCUUCAUCUUUGUGUGCGUCGCUCACGAGAUCUCGCAGAUCACCAAUGACUUGGCCCAGGUGGCCAUUCCUAAAGACAAUAGCACUCUGCUCAAGAGACUGCUGGCAACUGGACUCUUCAUGGGACUUGUCCUUGUGCUGUCUAAUAGCAACUGGGCCUGAGAAUGAUGGUGCUUAGUGUUGUGUUCAUUGGAACACAUCCUGAUUAAAAUGAUGUUUUAGGAACAGACUCACUGCUGGCACAGUGCUGCUCCCUGAACACACACUGACGAGCACGUCUCUGAGCAAAGCCCGUGAUGCAGUACUCAUUUUCUCGACGACAGUGAACACGCAUUUUAUACAGAAUGAGGCCAACACCUGAGGGAAUGGGCAUCCUCUCUGUCUAUCAUUUGUACAGUAUUUAAUGAUUUAAAUUAAGUUUACUUUGUACAGCGGUGGAUUUAUGUCACCUUAAUGUCCUGUCUUGUUCGUUUCUUGAGCCAAGGUGGAUGAAUAAUGAAUGGGGUUUUGUUUUUUUAUACUUUAUGCAGUACACAGUGAACCAGAUGCCAACAGCUUCUUUUGUCAACAGUCAGUUUGUUACUGUGUAAAAAAAAAAAACCUAUUGUUAAUGGUUUUAUAUUUUUAAUUAAUGCUUUCAACAGAUUUUAAUUCUCCUAAUAACAGGGUUAUUCAUGGGUCAUUAAUAAGUCUAACAGAUAACUCAAAUUUCUUUUGUAAAAAGGCUUUAGAGGCAUCAGAAACCUGGAACGCGUUUAUAUGUUCUAAUUUAAUGAAUUUGUAUAUAUAAAGCUGUCAAUGGCCUUUAGAAGAACAGAAAUAUUUAUCUGGAGACUUUGUGUACUGAUCAUUUUUCUAAUCUGCUAUCACUUCCUGGAAUCUUGGUGGUAACUCAUAAACUGAAAAUAUAUUAGGUAAUUAGGUGAAAUCCA